ACAAUUUUUUAUAUUAUUUUUCAUUUAAAUUAUUUUUCAUCAAAAGAUAUAAAAAUAUGAUUUCCUCAAUAGCAUCAUCAUCAUCAUCUUCAAAUCUUAAUGCUUUAACAUCUUCAAGUGGAAAUUUUUCCAUUACUGGAAAUGAAUCUGAGUCAACAUUGAAUAUUCGUGAAAAACAAAAAGAUGCAUUGAAAAAAAUGCUUAAUCUCAAUACUCCCUUACCGAUGAAUUCAACGGCUAAUGAACCCGUUUGGAAACUUUUUAUCUAUGAUCGUUAUGGACAAGAUAUUGUUUCACCGCUGAUGAAUAUAAAAGAAUUACGGGAAUUCGGUGUCACACUUCAUAUGCAAUUGCACAGCGAUCGUGAACCUAUCCCCGAUGUACCGGCUGUCUAUUUUGUUAUGCCAAACGAUGAAAACAUUAUGCGUAUUUGCCAGGAUUUUCGUAAUCAUCUCUAUGAUCAUUAUCAUCUCAAUUUUAUUUCUCCAAUUUCUCGUGCUAAACUCGAAGAACUAGCAACUGCUGCAUUACAGGCCAAUUGUGUAACUAACAUUUCCAAAAUCUAUGAUCAAUAUCUUAAUUUCAUUUCUCUGGAAGAUGAUGUAUUUAUAUUGAGACAUUCGGAUAAAGACAAGAUUUCAUUCUAUGCUAUAAAUCGUCCUGCAAAUCAAGAGCCGGAAAUAGAAUCUAUUAUGGAUCAGAUUGUUGAUAGUCUUUUUUCAUUUUUUGUAACAUUGGGUGUUGUUCCAAUUAUACGAACACCUAAAGGAAAUGCAGCCGAAAUGGUGGGAGAAAAAUUAGACAAAAGAAUUCGUGAAAACUUACGCGAUACGAAGAAUACCGUUUUUAAUGGUUCAGAUAUUCAACGGUUAGGAGUUUCUUCUUUGUCAUUGAUGUUCACAAGGCCUUUGUUGAUUAUUCUUGAUCGUUCAUUUGACAUGGCUACUCCGCUAUUGCAUUCUUGGACCUAUCAAUCUCUCAUACAUGAUGUAUUGGAUUUUAAAUUAAAUCAAGUUUUCAUUGAUGAAUCUAACUCAUCCAAUAGUAAUGAUAAUCAAAAAGUGAUGAAAAAAUCUAAAAUGACUGCCUAUGAUCUAAGUAGCCAGGAUAAAUUCUGGAAUCAACAUAAAUGUAGUCCAUUUCCACAGGUUGCUGAAUCAAUACAAGAAAAAUUAGAUUCAUAUCGUUCAUCAGAAGAAGAAGUGAAGCGUCUUAAAUCGGAAAUGGGUCUCGAUGGAAACAUACCAGAUUCGGCCAUUUCAUUGUUAACGGAUAACACGCAUAAAUUGAAUAGUGCUAUAAAUACAUUACCAAAUCUUUUGGAAACUAAACGAAUAAUCGAUCUACAUACAACGGUGGCCAGUGCAAUAUUAGAAUAUAUCAAAAAUCGAAAACUAGAUGUUUUUUUUGAAAUAGAAGAAAAAAUUAUCGCAUCGAAAGGGCAUUUAGAUCAGAAAUCUGCUUCAACUCCUUUGGAAUUGAUACGUGAUCCAAACGCAGGAACGCCAGAAGAUAAAAUGCGUUUAUUCAUAAUUUAUUACCUGCAUCAUAAUUUUACCGAUGCAGAAUUUGAACAGUAUGCUGUUGAAUUACGUAAUGUUGGUUGUGAUCUAUCGCCAAUCGAAUACGUGAAACGAUGCAAAUUCCUCGCUAAUCCGGCCUCAUCCCCAGUAUCUUCAUCGAAUCAAAAUGUUGACAGUAUAUUUCAAAGCCUUGGUGGUGGUACUAAAACUGUAAAUAUGUUUUCAAAACUCAUGUCACAAGGAUCACAAUUUGUCAUGGAAGGUGUUAAAAAUUUGGUCGUCAAAAAACAUACACUACCUAUUACACGUGUGACGGAUGCAUUAAUGGAAGCCAAAUCGACGCCAGAAACUGACGAAUUCCGAUAUUUUGAUCCUAAAGUAUUGGCUAAAGCACAAAAUCUUUAUGGUGAAGAUGGUGGAACAUUUGGAUCUUCAUCUUCGCCAUCAAAAAACCCAUUUCAAGAUGCAAUCGUAUUUGUUGUGGGCGGCGGUAAUUAUAUUGAAUACCAGAAUUUGGUCGAUUAUUGUAAAACAAAAUCAAAAUCAUCACCGAAACGUAUCAUCUAUGGUUCAACCGAAAUAUCAAAUGCGCAACGAUUUUUAUCACAAUUGAAAAAAUUGACCAAUGAAAUGAUCUAGAUUUUUUUUUCUUUCGUUUACUUUUAAAUAAUCAAAUUUAAAAAUUUU